UCCCUCAAGUCCGCCCGUCGCCCUCUGCGAAAACGAAAGUGAGCUUUAAAACUUACAAACCGAAUUUAUAGGAAUAGGUAAGACGUAAAGUACAAAUACAACUGUGAUUUUAUUUUUGUGUUCAAACAUCACGAAAGUCUGUUUUGCUGUGAUAGACAAUGCUCGUUGGAAAUCUCAACAUGAAUCCUAAUUUAAUUUUUGGUUACAACGUAUCGAACAUUCCGAAUUUUGCUAACAUUCACAGUUUACCAAACGUAUCUAUGUCAAUGACUGUCCCGUCGAGUACAGUGAGCGUGCCAGUGAGCCUUCAACCCACAUCCAGCAAUGCUUCUAUGAGUGGAACCGCUCCACCGACGCCUGUACACGGGUCGGAAAAGCGUUCGUCGCCUCUUACUCACGCAGAGCGGACGGGGGCACCUCCUGGCGCCGGAAAGGAUGCGGUCAAACUUUUUAUUGGCCAAAUACCUCGCCAUCUGGAGGAAGAGGACCUUCGUCCAAUGUUCGAGGAGUUCGGCAAGAUAUACGAGCUCACCGUGCUAAAGGACAAACACACCGGCAUGCAUAAAGGUGGCACAGAACCCAGAGAAGUGGUAGUAACUGAAGGACGCCUGCACCGAUAUGGUUGA